UUCCCCUCCUAAUGGCGAGUAUAUAUAGCCUAAGAUUAGCUACCUUAAUUCAGCUUCUCUUUCUCGAGCAUCCCCAUUCACUUGAACAGUCAACAGUAUCUUAAUCAAUAACCAAACUAAGUCUCUGAAUAAUCAACAACUCUACACAAAUCAUCCGUUAUUUCAAUAUUUACAAAGGCCUACUAGCUUCGUCUUCAACUUCAGUCACAAUGAGGUUUACCAGCAUCUUUGUCUCCGUCCUCUCAUGGACUGCCAUCGUCAGUGGCCGGUUCAUUGUUCGAACCCCUGACCAGCCCCAGGGUCUUCCGAGCGAUUACUCGGUAGCCAACCUCACUUGGAAGGGAAGGAUUGUUGACAACGGCCCCGAGGUCUCCUUGACCGGGACUAGCUUCAAGGACAUCGAGUCCCAAAUCCUCAAAGUAAACCCCAAAUUCUCAUGGGCGGACCCUAGUACCGGCGGGGAUCACAGCGAACCCCAGAAGUCGAAGGCAUACCUAAGUUGUGAUCCUAACAAUAUUUGGUGGGCUCAGGCAUUCCGUAUCCAGGAUGGCAUCCAGUACCUCAGUGGGAAGACCGGCAAAUGCUUCAUGGAAAAAGGACCUCGCGUCUGUACGAGAAUCUCGUGCUCGUACAAGUCGGCGAUCUGGUGGUGCAACGACAACCAUUUUCCCAUCGAGGAGAACUGCCUUCUUUGGUCUCACUACGCUCAGGACAUCCUUGACCAAUGCCAAACCCACGACGCGAGCUCCAGGGUUCGUGGUCAAGAGUUUUCGACUAGUAAUUGGAACAUCAUGGUAGGCUUUAGCAACGACCAUUGUUAAAAGCAUUGGAGUUGUUGGUUAUGAGUGAAGGGUGAAGGGGAGAAUAACUUGAUUACCGCGAGGAUACUUGACUUCUCGUAUCUGAGGUAGGUACCUCAUAGUAGUUACAUAUGUAUUGGAUAGGUAGACAGAAAAAUACAUGGUGCUUAUUUAGCGCUGCCAUAAUGAUAUUGCUUUUAAUGUGAAUGUAAUAUAUGAUUAUUAAGUAGGUAGGAAAUCCCAUUGAUGUGCUUUUAUUUGAAUCUUAUUCUCACCACUUAGGUCAUAGAGGUAGUGGAUUGAUGGGGAUAGGAGAACCAAGCAGCCAAGUCAAGUCGAUCCACUCGCCUGAGUGGGCCAUGACAAAAUAUAUAUGAUCUUUCCCUAUUGAUGAGCUUGAGAUAUUGAAAGAAGCUGUUAAAUUGCUCUGGAAGCCUGAAUGAUCAUGUCUGCUCUAUGAAGCGAAUUGUUGUUAUCGUAAAAACUGGAAGUCUUUC